UCGUUGGAUAGGUAUUAUGUCUACAAAUUCAAAAAAAAAACACUCAGGUGGAUCAUCUUGUGCAGUAGCGACGUGUAAGCAUUAUGCUAGCAAGACUAAAGAGCAAGGAUUCGACAUAUCAUUUCACAGGUUCCCAAUAAAGAAUGUUGAGAUCUAUAAUAUGUGGGUACAUAAAUGUCGGCGAGGUGAUAAGUGGAAUCCUAAGACAUCGUUGGUUUGUUCUAAACAUUUUACCCAAGAUUCUUUUGUUCGAGAUUUGAAUGCAGAACUUUUAGGAUACACUCCUAAAGUUCGUUUGUUGAAACCUGAUGCAGUCCCGACUUUAUAUUUACCACCGGAUCAUUCACAAAGUGUAACUUCUUCUUCAGCGAUCAAUCGAAAUAAGAGAAUUGAAGCUAAAUCAAUGAAACAGGUACAUGAUGAACUAAUUUUAUCCAGCAUUACUUCUACUUCACCAGAUUCUCUGUCACCAUCAAUUGAAAUUUCUUCUACAAUCAAUGCGGACUCUAUUCCAUUUCCAGAUAAAUCACCUUUAAAUAUGAAUUAUGAACAAUUAUACAAUGACCUUUUGAAAAAACACAAUGAAUUGAAAGUUGAAAAUGACAAGCAGAAAGAUAAGAUUUUAUCACUUGAAAAGCCUCUUGUAGAUUAUAAAAAACUUAUCCCUAAAGGAUCAGAUAGGAUUUUCAAAAGAACUGAAAUUGAACAAAAAUAUAAACCUGUAAUUCAGUCUUAUGUAAAACAAAGAUUGUUGAUCCGAAUGAAAUAUUUCAACCAACAUGCAGUAUCAUUAGCUAAAAAAAGAAAAGCAAAAGCUCAACUAAGCAGAAUAAAUAAAUUAAGAAAAUUAAUGACUUGA